AUGAACAUGGAUCUUCUGAGUGCUUGCGAGAGCCUCGCAUCUAAUGUUCUUCAGUGCAGCGCCACAGACACAUUUGAUCUUCAGAUACCCGAGUCUGAUGUCGAGCACUGGCAGCUGUUGUUCCAGAUAACUCGCGCCGAAGCCAUCGACGAGAUCAGAGAUUGGCGUUUGGAUUUUAGUCGAGAGUCCCUCUCUCGAUCCGCCUGGGACGCGAUCAAAGAAUCCGAUUUUGCAAUUGGUUUCACGAAAGAGUCAUACGAGUACAGUCUCGCGCGUGGAUGGAAACUCAAGCGCCACCAUGUGACUAGUACGGACAACACUGGCAAGUAUUUGCUCCGAAUUGAAGAGACACUGCCUAGCAUCGCCACGAUUCAAGAUCUCUUGGAUACCAAGAAAUUGGAUUUUGUGUCUGGACUGGAUGACGAAGGCAACUCUGUGCAAUUUUGCUACAUGAGUGCACAGAUGAGGAGUCUGCUCCUGAGCCGUCUUGCUUCGUCCGACAGCGUCCAGUUCCGGCCAAAUUUUAUUCGGGUCUCAAUCGCCGCUAAAGAUCUGUCCGCGGACUCCAGACACCCGACCCUGGGGAUCGAUUCGACUCUUCCGCAGUAUAGGCUGCAGUCAAAUGCAGAAAGCUUACGGCCCUCACAGAAUGAAUAUCCCGUUCCGUAUUUCUUCUACAGCACGUUGGCAGAGCAAGCCAUCCUAGCGCGUGCUCUCGGAAUUUCCAAUCACAACGAUAUCAAAUACCAGCCAGCGACCGUGGCAGGAGCAGCGCUGACGACAUGGGCGGGCAAAUACCGAGGCCUGGUGGAUGGUGGCUACGGCGACGAAGUGGAUGGGAUGGUAUACUUGGUCAAGUCUCGCGAAGAAGAAGAAGCACUAAGAAUCUAUGAAACAGCCAAAUAUGAGGUUGUGAGAUGCGCUAUUUAUUUUAAAGGCGAGGCUCAGUCUCAUAUGGGCCUUACAUUCCGGCUCAUUUAA